GACAUUUCUCGUCCGGGUCAGCGAUGCGUCUUGUUAUCACGCGGUCUGUUCCUAAACACUGUUUACAGCAAGUUUAACUGGAGAAUACCAAACAUUUGAGUAUGUGGUCUUAUUUCUGUUAGGCUCAGAGAACAAACAUGAAGAACAGAAGUGGUGGUUGGCUGGACGGUCGGCUCAAGCAGAGAGUGGAGCAGUAUCUGACGUCCCACAGCAGUGAAUAUGUGGACCUUUCAGCUGUCGCCCUGGAGCUGCAGAGACAGUACAGAAUGGAGUACGGCAGAAGAAACAAGACAGCGUUCAGGAUCCAAGUGGAAAAAGUGUAUGAAGCAAUCAUGAAGGAGUCAGGACUGGAUGAUCUGGAAAGCAAACACUUGGCUAAGAGAGCCAAACACAGCCACAAUGAUACUGGAGACGGGAGCAGCAGCAGCUCAGAGUCCUCUGACAGUGAUGACCGAAUUCUGGAGAACACUCCCAAAAACCACAUGAACUCGUCGCUUACAUCUCUGUACCGUAAGGGCCAGCCCGACUCCAGCACCUGCUCUCCCAGGAGGGAUCAGCCCCCUGCCAGCAGCCCUGCAAGUACAGCUGAGCCCCCAUCCAGUGCAGGGACGGUGGUUUCUACAGGAGGUUGGUUCAUUGAUAGAAGCAGAGGCCCAGAGAAAGGCAGCAUUCUCAUCGACCUGUGUGAGGAGGAGCCAGAUAAUACAGUAACCAAUCAAACCGAUGUUCCCAUCAGGGAGUCUGUGAAAAAUCUCAGGACACACAAAAAAAGGAACAAGAGCUCUGCUGAAACCACUGAUUCUCAAAGCCUGAAUAAAAAAGGAGCUGCUAAAGCUAAAUCUCCAGAGCUGCAGUACCCCUCUCUGAGGUUUGAGGAUGUGGGAGGAAAUGAAGACACGCUUACGGAGGUCUGUAAGCUGCUGAUCCACAUACGACACCCAGAGGUCUACCAGCAGCUGGGAAUGGUUCCUCCAAGAGGCUUUCUCCUCCAUGGACCUCCAGGCUGUGGAAAGACGCUACUGGCCCAGGCUGUGGCAGGGGAACUGCAGCUGCCCAUGUUGAAGGUGUCUGCUCCAGAGCUUGUGUCUGGAGUGUCUGGGGAGUCUGAACAGAAGCUAAGAGAGCUGUUUGACCUGGCUGUGAGCUCUGCUCCAUGUAUCCUGUUCAUAGACGAGAUCGAUGCCAUCACCCCAAAGAGAGAGGUGGCUUCUAAAGACAUGGAGAGGAGGAUUGUUGCUCAGCUGCUCACCUGCAUGGAUGACUUGAACAGUUUAACAGUGACAGCACAGGUCCUGGUCAUCGGUGCGACCAACAGGCCAGACUCUCUGGACCCUGCCCUCCGCAGAGCUGGGCGCUUUGACCGAGAGAUCUGUUUGGGUAUCCCUGAUGAAGCAGCUCGCUUCAGGAUCUUGAAGACAUUGUGUAGAAAGCUGAAGCUGCCAGAGGAUUUUGACUACCAGAAGCUAGCCCGCCUCACCCCUGGCUAUGUUGGUGCAGACCUCAUGGCUUUGUGCCGAGAAGCUGCCAUGACUGCUGUAAACAGGGUUCUGCUGGAAACAAGGAGACAGCCACAGAGCCAGAGAUCAGCUGAGGAGAUACCAAGCAGAGCUCAGGUGGACGCUGCUGUGACGAAUGAAGAGGCCAAAGAACAACAGACAACAGAAACCUACCGAGCUCAGGAAGAAGCUACUGAGAAUCACCAGCAGCAGGGGGAGCUGUGGGAAUUGUUGUGCCUGCUGAAGAACACAGAGACGCUGUCAGAGGAAGAACUGGCCGGCAUAAACAUCCUCAUGUCAGACUUUCAGAUCUCUCUGUCCAGCGUCCAACCAUCAGCCAAGAGGGAGGGCUUCGCCACGGUGCCUGACGUCACCUGGGAGGAUGUGGGAGCCCUGCAGGACAUCAGAGAGGAGCUCACCAUGGCUAUACUGGCUCCUGUGCGUUCUCCAGAGCAGUUCAGAGCUCUGGGGCUCUCUGCUCCAUCUGGUGUGCUGCUGGCUGGACCCCCAGGAUGUGGAAAAACACUUCUCGCUAAGGCUGUGGCCAAUGAAUCUGGUCUCAACUUCAUCUCUGUCAAGGGUCCAGAGCUACUCAACAUGUAUGUGGGAGAGAGUGAGCGGGCCGUCAGACAGGUUUUCCAGAGAGGACGAAACUCAGCUCCUUGUGUCAUCUUCUUUGAUGAGAUUGAUGCUCUGUGCCCACGCCGCUCAGGCCACGAGUCUGGAGCCAGUGUGCGUGUUGUCAACCAGCUCCUGACAGAGAUGGAUGGCCUAGAGACGCGACGACAGGUCUUCAUCAUGGCUGCAACAAACAGACCAGAUAUCAUCGAUCCUGCCAUACUGAGGCCAGGCCGUCUUGAUAAAACCUUGUAUGUGGGUCUUCCUCCUCCAGCAGACCGCCAUGCUAUCCUGCAAACCAUUACAAAGGGAGGGACCAAACCUCUGCUAGAGCAGGACUUCUGUCUUGAAGAAAUCGCCUUUGACGAACGCUGCGAUUGCUUCACUGGAGCUGACCUGACGGCACUGGUGAGGGAAGCUUCUGUUAAUGCCCUGAGGGCCUACAUGAAGUCCCAGAAUUCCUCAGAUUCUUGUUCUGGUCACGUGUUCUCCUCCGGCCCUGUCGCUGAAAUCCGAGUGAGCAAACAGAACUUUGACGAUGCCUUCAAGAAAGUUCGUCCAUCCGUGUCCAAAAAGGACCAGAGGAUGUACGAGCAGCUCAGGGAGUCCCUCAGCCGAUAACGGAAUCUGAACUGCAGGCGUCAUGCUUCAACUUCCACUGUGGUUAUAGGGGAACUAUUUAUGAUCAUGUGUGUUUACACUGGAUCACAGUUCAAAAUACUGAUGCUGUUUAUAAUAAACGUGUAUAUACCAACCUA